AUAUUCUGACUAUAUGUGGCUUUUGAAGUAAGCUUCAAAGCUAGCCUGCUGUUUUACAACAUUUGUUUUCCCAAAUGGCAAUCAGAUUACUAGGUAAUGUAGAACUGGUCAAAGAAGACUGAAAAGGAGGAGUUUAUUUCUGCAAGUAGUCUUCAGUAUUAUUUACUAAACAAAUUUGUGGGGGGGGGUUUCUCUCAGAUAGCUAUUCAGUUUUUUUGAUUCUGUAAUUUUAGUAAAGGAAUCAAGGUAAAAAAAAUCAAGAUUUUUUAAAUUUUAGUUCAUGUUCAAAUGACUCUGAACAAAUUACACUAAUUCCAUACUUGAAGAAAAGAAGGAAGAUGUUGAAUAGUUACAGAGCAGCAGCUGCUGCAUAAGAAGCAUGGACUUGUUUUUGUAGUAUUUCUGAGAAAAGCAGUUAUCCGAAGAAACUGCUUCCUUGAACCUACAGUGUUAUUUGUGGACUGCUCUUCAGUUAUCCUCAGACAGCUUUCUUCCCAGAGGUAAUGAAUUCCAUGGCUGGCGUGAGACUUCGGGGACUAGCAUCUUCCAAACUUUAUCAACGCCGACAAGAUCGUCUGAGUGGCACAGGGUCACUAUGGAAUGAUGGGAAAGACAGGGCAGCUGGGAUAUUUAGUAACAUGUCAGAUGCCCUUGCAAACGCUGUGUGUGAGCGCUGCCGAGCUCGCUUUGAUCCAACCGAGCGAAUUGUGAACAGCAAUGGGGAACUAUAUCAUGAAAACUGCUUUGUCUGUGCUCAGUGCUUCCGCCAGUUUCCAGAUGGACUCUUCUAUGAUUUUGAAGGGAGGAAGUAUUGUGAGCAUGACUUCCAGAUGCUGUUUGCGCCAUGCUGUGGGGAAUGUGGUGAAUUCAUCAUUGGCCGUGUCAUCAAAGCAAUGAACAAUAACUGGCACCCAGAAUGCUUUCGUUGUGAGCUCUGUGAUGUGGUUCUUGCUGAUUUGGGCUUUGUGAAGAAUGCUGGCAGGCACCUCUGUAGGCCUUGCCACAAUCGUGAGAAAGCCAAGGGCUUGGGCAAGUAUAUUUGCCAGAAGUGCCACUUGAUAAUUGAUGAACAGCCUCUGAUGUUCAAGAAUGAUUCCUACCAUCCAGAUCACUUCAGCUGCACCCACUGCGGGAAGGAGCUGACAGCUGAUGCCAGGGAGCUGAAGGGGGAGCUCUACUGCCUGCCUUGCCAUGACAAGAUGGGCAUCCCAAUCUGUGGGGCUUGUCGCAGGCCCAUUGAGGGUCGAGUGGUCAAUGCUCUGGGGAAACAAUGGCAUGUGGAGCAUUUUGUUUGUGCCAAAUGUGAGAAGCCAUUCCUGGGACACCGACACUAUGAGAAAAAAGGUCUGGCUUACUGCGAGACUCAUUACAACCAGCUCUUUGGAGAUGUCUGCUAUAACUGCAGCCAUGUGAUUGAGGGGGAUGUGGUCUCUGCUCUCAACAAGGCUUGGUGUGUGAACUGCUUCGCUUGUUCCACCUGCAACAUCAAACUCACAUUGAAGAAUAAGUUUGUGGAAUUUGACAUGAAGCCAGUGUGCAAGAAGUGCUAUGAGAAAUUUCCUUUGGAGCUGAAGAAGAGGCUGAAGAAGCUGUCUGAGUUGGCCUCCAAGAAAACUCACCCAAAAGCUCUGGACUUAAACUCCGCUUAAACAGGUCUGUACCCUCUGCUGAUUGUGUGCACCCUCACCAGCUAAAAUCUGCCUCAGCUACUGAUCACAAAAGGAACUUUUAAAAAUGGUUUCAAGGACUCAAGACAAACAAAAGCUCACCAGUUAUAUCUUGCACUCUGAAUGUUUAUUCUGCUCAGGUAUUGUGUGUGUAGAGGCUGUCCUCCGGAAGAGAAUGGUAGCAAUAUGCAAUAAUGCACUAUGAUUUUUUCCUUUUGUAUAAGUUGUGUAUCAUUUUCUCUCAUUAUUUGCCCAUUUUGUUUUGAGAUUCAGGCUCAUGUCACACACUUACUUAAAUUCCUCUGUCCUCUCCUCCCCCCUCCCUCUCCUUUUAUACCAAAAUUAGCCUGGCCAGGCUGCAAGUGGGAACAUAGGAAGGUUGGGUAGAAAAAGACUGCUUAACCCUUUUCUUCCAAAAACAGCACAAAAACACAAUACAAAAAAAUAAAUAAAUCAUGUAACGUACCUCUUUAACUUUCUCUUAAAAUUGCAAUGGACUAAUCAAAACCAAGUAAUAAUUUUCCUUGCAAUUUUUAGUUAACUCAUUUUAAUAGUUUGACAUUAUUUAGCAUAAGCCUACAUUGUUUUUAUUAGCUAGCUGACCUUUCCUGCUGUAGUAGCUAAGCUGAAUAGGCCAGGAAUUGCAUAAUAUAGAAUCUGGAUGGACCAAAGUGGCUUAACUGUAAGCCUAUCAUUUUUUAAAGAGACUGUUUUUGGUGCCUGCAUUUUUGAGAUUUCUGAGCAUUUAGACCAGGCUUCCUCAACCCUCCAGAUGUUUUUAGCCUACAACUCCCAUAAUCCCUAGCUAGCAGGACCAGUGGUCAGGAAUGAUGGGAAUUGUAGUCUCAAAACAUCUGCAGGGUCGAGGUUGAGGAAGCCUGGUUGAGAACUCUCCUUCACCAUAUUAGCGAGAACUCUUUUUUUGUCUGUUGUGGACAAAAUAUAAGUAAAUCCCUGGAGUCUUAACCCAAACAUAGUCUUCCUACAAUGUACAUUCAUUUCAGUGUUACUGUAGUUGUAAAGCAAUCCUCUUAAUGAUCUCUCUCCGAAGCUGGAACUAUUUUAUUACCUCAGCAAUACAUGUUCCCAAACAUAGUUGAUCUCAGCAAAAUACAUAUUCCAGCACACACCUGAAAACUGCUGUGUGUGCUUAAUCCUUUCCCCCCCAGCCACUUUUCUGUCAUUUCCAGUCUUGGAGCUCAGGGUACGUGCCAGAGGAGAGGGAUGGUGUGGUGCAGGGAGGGAGAAGAGGUUGCUGGCUAUGGGGAAAGUGGCAGACAGGGGAAGUAUGAAGCAGUCCUCCCUUCACUGUGUGCUCCUUCCCACCCUAUCAUUAGCAGUACCAGACCAUGUGGGUUUGGGAGCCCUCUGUUUGCUGCAUAAUUUUCUCAUUUCAACCUAAGUUCUCCUCAAAUCACACCAUAGUAUUUGCUUUCCUGUAAUAGGAAGAUAAACACUAGCACAGAACAAGACUGUUUAAUAUAGAAAAGCAUAAAUUUAUCUUAACUUACAUUGUUAUAGCAGUAAAUAAGUAUCAUGUAUUGCUUCUACUGAUGGGAGAGCACUGGUUUUCUAUCCUCUUCUCCCAAACUAGUCCUUAAAUACCAUUAUUCAUCUGCUACUUACUUACUAGCACUUAGUUUGUAUUGUCACAACUAAUAGCACAAAAGGAUUGCCCAUCUCUUGAUUUGAGACUAUCCUCCAAGCACAAAUAUAGUGGAAUAUGCUUCACAAUGUAGGAAAUAAUUUUCGUAGGUCUAGGACAGGCAUUGGCAAACUCGGUCCUCCAGAUGUUUUGGGACUACAUCUCCCAUGAUCCUACCGUAGCUAGCAGGACCAGUGGUCAGGGAUGAUGGGAAUUGUAGUCCCAAAACAUCUGGAGGGCUGAGUUUGCCUAUGCCUGGUCUAGGAUAAGUACAGUACUCCUGAAUUUGGACUCUCACUGAAUUGGUUGUCAGUCUCAUCCAGAGCCCUCUAUGUGCUCCAUUUAAAAUGGUACACAUGUAUAUUUGCUGUCAUAUUUAAAUGGAGUUAAACAGACAGAGCUUUGAGUCUAUGUGGUUUGCCCACAACACUGAAAUGAAAGUGAUAUCCCUUGUGAGGAGAGAAGUUGUGUGAGAGCACUGUGGUUCCCAUUCUUACUAAGGCAGUGGUGGAUAUGGCAGACUGCACUGCUGUAGGAACAAAGCACAGGUGGUACUGUCUAGAAGUCAAAACAGAAUUCAUGCAGAAUCUUCCUCUGCAACAUACUUAGACAUAGGUGCCAACUCCCUGGGGCUCUGGGUGCCUGAGCAUCCACGGAAUUCCCCAUGAAGGGGGCGGACACCCGCAAAUUUUGGGGCCAGGGCCAUGCAUGCUGCAUGGCACCCACGGCCCCAGGCAUCCAUGAUUGAAGGGCCAAGCUGGCACUCCUACCUAGAGAACACAAUUAUUACGCCAUAGACCAAUGCUGGUUAUGCCUUAAAAUGGCAUGUAUGUGACUAGUGGAGAUGCAUGUUUGAAAGUAAGUAAAGCAAUGUAGAUUGAUGAUAUGGAUUCCUGAUCCAGCAAGUGAUGUGGAUCUGCUUUAACUAUUUUAAUGUAGAGCUCCAUAGAAAAACAGAUUUUAUUAUACUAUUCUUCCUAAUACAAAUAUGCCAAGACUGGGUGCCAUAUCAGAUAAGUUUUCCGGCAAGCUUUAAUAGUAUAAGAAAUCAGUGCUAUCAUUUCAAAAUGAAAUGCAAGGCAAAUACAUUAAAAAAUGAAAUUUGUGAUGAAUGGAAAUGUCCUGUUAAAGAUGGAUUAGGGAGAGAUAUUUGAAAUGCCAUAGCUCAUAUUAAUCUUUGGAGACCUUCAGGAAAGUAAUCACUGUGGUACAAAUCUCCAGAGUUAUCUAAUAUGAAGUAUCAAUUGUUUGCAGUUUGUCACUAUGUGCAUCUUCCAAAUACAGAAUCUGUCCAUUGAGAAAGAAACAAAAUUGAUUGGCUGGGAAAUAAUUUACUUUUAUUGGGGUAAGUAAAUGGCUGUUUCAGGGCAGCCUAGUAGAGUGAGUAGCAGAGCUGAACCAGACCAGAAGCCUGAGUUUGUAAAUAUUUUGUGCUCCUUAAAAAAUGGUGGGUCAAAAUGGUGUACGUGUUGAGGUGGGGAACAAGAUUGAACUUCUACAAUGAAGUACUAUGAAAAAGAAAGUAUUAGCUGGAUGUGCAAUGCAAAUUGCAUCCAGCAGUGAGUGUUGUCUGCUGAAAUGUGUAUUUGGAUGUGCACUGGAAUGAGUAAGUCCAAUAUGAGUUCUUGUGUGACUCAGUGACUGUAGCUCAAUUGAAUCUUCAGAGGGAGGGCACUACAGUCUCAUUUGUUCUCAUUGAUGUCACCAGAGUGUCUAAUCCAGGCACCCCCAAACUUCGGUCCUCCAGAUGUUUUGGACUACAAUUCCCAUCUUCCCUAACCACUGGUUUGUGAGCUAGGGAUCAUGGGAGUUGUAGGCCAAAACAUCUGGAGAGCCGCAGUUUGGGGAUGCCUGGUCUAAUCUGACUGAUUCCAUGACGACAUUGUUCACAAUGUGGUUUCUGACUGCUAUUCACUUGGUGAAUGGAGGCAGAAGCUGCCUUGUUUAAAAAUUGCUCAGAAACAGCACAUCAGGGGAACCAGGGCUGUGAGCAAGCAUGAAAAAUAGCAUGUAAAAAUGGAAAGUAAGUGUGGAGUUGCUUUUUUGCAACUGUUGAAAGCACAUUUUUCAUCUUAACUAUAAACAAGUAUGACAGUUUGUUACAGCUUUACUGACCAGUCUAUGACAAGCGACUUUUGCUUCAUCAAGGCAAUCUGAAAGUGCCAAAAUUAUAGGUAAAUAGCAAUUUAAUUCAUAUUAUGUAUAUUAUCCUUCCAGUAAUUGCACUGAAUGUAGAUUUAACUGCUUAUAAUAUAUUGUUAUAAUGUUUUUGUAUUAACAUAUUUUAUAUCACCUGCUUCUAAAAAUGAUUCAUUUUGUAUAAGAACCCAUUCAUACAAUAAUGCAUGGCACAACACUUUUAUAAGACCUACAUAGUUUCCUGCCAGUAUUUUGCUCCAGGAUCUUGUAAUUUCACUAGCAAAAGGGUACACCCUGAUGAUUAAAAUACUGUAUUCCCCCAUUUUACCAUAUACUCUUGAAAUGACAACUCACUGCUAUAUAUCUUUUAACUCUUCACAGUAAAGAUUAUUUUUAAACUGCA